GGCUUUGAUAUUUGAAAUUCUCAUAUCUGGACAGAGACCAAAGAUGAGACAGAAGGUGACAUAUCUGCUGUGCCUUUUUGGGGCUCUGCACUGCUUGGUAAUUCUGCCAGUGUCGCAGGCCACAUCUCUAGCAAAAGUCUCCAAGGACAUGGCAUCUAAUCCAUCCGUCAGCAUUGACUCUGAACAAGCCCAUGAUUUUCUGGCACAUGCACGUCCAAGGAGAGCCACUGACCCCAACUGGCAUCGCAAAAAUCCAGACUUUCAGUCCUACUAUCGUUACUACAGCAGUAUUGGCCACACUGAAGGGCUCUAUGAGAUAGACAAACUUCGAAUGCUUUACCAGCAGAUGCGACAUCUGGAGCUCACUUAUGGCCCUGAUGCACCCAAAUACCAGAAUUCCCUCGGUCUUCAACUUAAGUCAACGCCUCCACCCACGACCCAGCCUCCACCCUCUACCUUACCACCUGUCUCUAAGAUGGAUGUCAUGUACCUGUGUAAUUCAAAAGACCCCCAAUGCAAGCCACAUAUUGUGUACCUUCCCACCGGUGGGGUACCUGUACUUUGCGAUCCACGUUACCACCCAAACUGUAAACUUAGCCCUGUCCAGAAGCCCCCGUCUCCAUCUGUAACUGCCCCAGAGCAAGUGACGCAUGCCCCUUCUCCUCCACAAAAAUCCACUCCACCUCCUCCUCCUCCUCCAAUAAUUAUCAAAGGAAUGGAGUAUGACUGUGAUCCCUACUGGGACCCUGACUGCCUCAUCGACAGUCCUCCCAGGCCAGUAAAGAUGAUCGAACCGCAACCAGUGCUCCCAGCUGAGAAGUUAAAACCGGAAACAAGGAACGAAGAAAUCCUAAAUGCUCCAGUUCCAACCUAUGACCCAUAUGACUUCAAUCAAGAUCUAUAUGAUCCAUUCCGCCAUGCAGCUUCAGCACCUUGAUUUAAAAAGUCUAAAAAAAAAAAUGCAUUUAAUAAUUUACCCUUACAUUCAUGUUUUUUUUAUCACAGUGAUGGAUAAUUUCUAAAAUAAAGUAAACCAUGUCCUUGUUUAUAAAUUGUAGGCUAGCUAAUGUGAGAUUUAAAUUCUUUAAAUAAAAUAAAUGUGGAGGCCAGAAUAAAG